AUGGACGAUGCGGGUGACAAGGGCUGGUGGACGCUGCUCACGUCGCCCUGCGGCCACAAGCUGCGCAUCUUGCUGCCCGAUACGCUGCUGCUGCGCCCCGGCGGCGCCGCUUAUGCAUGGUACCGCACCUGCGGCGACGGCUACGCGGUCCGCACCCCCAGCAGCGCCCUCAGCCUGCACGCCUUCUCCCGUGCGCUGCGCCGCGCCCGCCUGCCCGGCGCGGAGGCGGUGACCGCCGGCCCCCGCGGCAGCGAAUGCGGCGGCGGCGGCGACAACGGGGCGGUGGCGGUGGCGAGGUAUGCGUCCGGGCUGGCGCGGCUCCUGGACGGCCCUGGGCUGGAUCGCAUGCUCUCGGGCGUCACCCUCACCUUUAGCAGAACUCCUCCGCCGGCGGCCAGCUGCUGCGCCGCCAGCGACCUGGCCGCCCUCGCCGCCUCGUGGCCCGGCCUGCCCGACGGGCCCGAGCAGCCCUCCACGGCUGCGUCAGAGAUCGGCACCGCAAACGGCCCGUCGGCGGCGGGCGAUGGCUGGGUUGCCACGGAAGCCGGAGGGGCGGCGGGGGCGGACUGGGUGACGUCGAUCCAGCAGUACGUGGCGCCCGCGGACGGCCGCCGCUACCUGACGACAGCCGGCGGCGCCGACGGCCCGGGGCGCGACUCGACGCAGGCGCUGCCUUACUCUGCGCGCUACGCCCCGGACCCCCGGCGCCGGGCGGCGGGCGGGGCCGGCUGGGCGGCUGGGGGCGGGGCGGGCGCGGAAGCUGCGGGGUCGGGGCCGGGAUCUUUGCAGUCGGACGAGGAUCGGCGGCUGGGUGGGCUGACCAGAGUGGUAUCAGGCGUGGAGCAGCAGCAGCAGCAGCGGCAGCAGCAGCAGCAGGAGCGGGAAACGGUUGGAGAGGAGGCGGAGGGCCCGGUAGAUGCGCCCGCCGCGGUGCACAAGCAGGCGUCCGCGCUGCUGCAGGUUUGCAUGACCUCACGCGUCACCCCCCCCCCCUAA